AUGGGUCAUGUGAGGGUCUACACCAUUAGUGACACUAUUGCGAGAUAUAAAAGAAUGCGAGGAUACGAUGUAAUUCAUCCAAUGGGCUGGGAUGCAUUUGGAUUACCUGCUGAAAACGCUGCUAUUGAACGCGGAAUACCACCUGCCGAGUGGACCAAGAAAAAUAUUCAGAGUAUGAAAGAACAGAUGAAAAGGCUUCUUGUCGAUUUUGAUUGGGAUAGGGAGAUAACUACCUGUGAUCCUGACUAUUAUAAAUGGACACAAUAUCUUUUUUUACAAUUUCACAAAGCCGGCCUAGCUUACCAAAAAGAAGCCUUUGUAAAUUGGGAUCCAGUGGAUCAAACAGUUCUCGCAAACGAGCAGGUCAGCCCAGAGGGUCUGUCAUGGCGCUCAGGAGCAAAAGUAGAACGUCGUAAGCUUAAGCAAUGGUUUUUUAGAAUUACCAAGUAUACUGAGUCGCUUUUAAAAGACUUGGAUUUAUUAAAAAAUUGGCCUGAUCGUGUAAAACAGAUGCAAGCAAAUUGGAUUGGAAGAUCCGAAGGAGCUGAAUUUGAAUUCUUAGUCAGCUCUCAUCAGGAAAAUAUUUCCAACAUUAAAGUAUUCACAAGCAGACCGGACACAAUAUAUGGUGUACAAUAUUUGGCUGUAUCAGCAGACCAUCCAUUGAUUUCAGAACAUUAUAUUCCAAAAGAGCUACAUUCCACAGUUCUUACACUUGCAGAGAAAAUAAAGCAAGAGCAGCAAUCAGUAAGUGAUAGCAACGUAGGAAAGACCAAAUUAGGAACAUAUACAGGACUCUGCGCAACACAUCCCUUUACCAAUGAACAGAUUCCCAUAUACUUGUCUUCUUAUGUUGUAUCGGAUUAUGGUACUGGAGCAGUUAUGGGCGUUCCUGCACAUGAUGAAAGAGAUUUUGAUUUUGUAAAAUGGAAUGGGAUUGUGAAUGGAAACGAAAUCAAAAAGGUUGUUAGUCCUGUCGUCAAGGUGGUCACUGAAAAUGAGUCGAAAGUAUUUACUGAACUUGGUAUUCUCACGGAAAGUUCUGGCCCGUAUGCUGGCAUGAAGAGCGAAGAUGCCAUGAAGGCCAUUGUUUUGGAUGCCGAGAAACGUGGAUUUGGACGUCGGAGAGUUCAAUAUCGUUUACGAGAUUGGCUUCUUUCGCGGCAACGUUACUGGGGCACCCCGAUACCUAUAAUACAUUGUCCUGACUGUGGGGCUGUCCCAGUUCCAGAAAAAGAUCUACCCGUAUUGUUACCCACAGAUGUCAGUUUCACAGGUCGAGGGGGCUCGCCAUUAAGUCAGAUAAAUCACUGGGUUGAGUGCAAAUGUCCAGAAUGCCACGGUCCAGGAAAACGUGAAGUUGAUACAAUGGAUACCUUUGUUGACUCUUCGUGGUAUUUCCUUCGUUACAUCGAUGCAAAGAAUAACAACCUACCAUUUGCACCAGAAUUGGCUUCCAAGCUCCUCCCUGUUGAUGUCUAUAUAGGUGGUGUAGAGCAUGCGGUAAUGCACUUACUUUAUGCGCGUUACUUUGCAAAAUUUUUGUACGAUUGUGGAAUGUACGAGUCUGAUAAGGAAACAUUACCAGGAAAUGGUGAACCAUUCAAAGUUUUGAUUACUCAAGGAAUGGUGCAUGGACGGACGUUUAAAGAUCCGCAAACGUUACAAUAUCUGAAGCACGAAGAAAUCGAUUUAUCAGACCCUUCCAAUCCAAGAAUACUUGCCACAUCCGCACAACCUCUCAUAACGUAUGAGAAAAUGUCCAAAAGCAAAUACAAUGGAAUCAACCCGAAUGAAAUUAUUUCCAAACAUGGUGCCGAUUCUACUCGAUUGCAUAUUUUAUACAAGGCGCCAGUGUCUGAAGUUUUAGAAUGGGAAGAUAUAAGCAUAGUUGGAAUACAGAGAUGGCUGAAUAGAGUAUGGCGGACUGUUUGCAACGUUGUCGAGUCAAAUGACACGAACGUGAAAGAAUUAAAAAAGUGGGACAUCGAGAAGAUGAACAUGGAAGAGAGAAAUAUGUAUAGGGUCGUUAAUGCAACCUUGAAAGAGGUUACAACAUCAUAUGAUGCCACUUAUUCGUUCAAUACAACUAUUUCAGAUCUAAUAAAACUCACAAACCAGCUUGUAUCAGCUAAAUUGGCACUAGGCACAGACAGGAAACUUUCUCCUGUUUAUCACUACGCUGUACGCUCACUUGUGAAAAUGCUAUCCCCAAUGGCACCUAGUUUUGGCGAAGAAUGUUGGGAAAAACUGGAUUGUACAGGAAACAGUGUAUUUGAUGAAACGUGGGAUGAAUUUGAUGAAAAUGCAUUGGCUGUAGAUGAAGUCGUUUGCAGUGUGCAGAUAAAUGGGAAGACUCGGUUUACUGUCAAUAUACCCUCAUCAGCUAUUUCCUCGCCAACAACAAUAGAAUCUAUUAUCCAAUCAUCUCCAGGAGGCAAAUUAUAUUUAUAUGAGAAGAAUGAUAUUUCCAAAGUCACUCGGAUCAUCCAUGUUCGUGGCGGUAAAACAGUCAAUUAUGUAUUUAAAAAGUAG